CGUUGAAGUUUUGGAGGCGUUGGCCAUAAAGCGCUAUCUGUCCCAAGCACAUUUCUCUAACUUUCUGUAGUGUCAUCAAACUCGCAGUUUCAGCCGCCCAGUUAAAACCGUCACUUAAUCGGUCCGGUUUUGCACAGUUUGUAGCCUUGCUUGUCGGGCGAAAGACUUCAACAUGCUUGCUUCCAUACUUUUGGUCAUCCUGGGGUUGUGCUGCUGCACAAAGCAGAGCAGUCAGUUCCAACUGGAUUGGCCAGAAUUCAGUGUUCCCUCAGAGGCUUUGGUGAUGGAUAUUGUUGACUUAGUAUGUGGAAUUUCCUAUCCAGUAGACGAUGAAAGAAUCCAUCUACAAAUAUUCAAGCAGGGUGACCGUGAAGUGAUACUGGGAGAAUACACCCUCUCAGCUGGGGAAAGCUUCGCCUCCAUUCCCAGGCAGAUCAAAGCCGAGGAUGAGGGUUACCUUGAGUGUGUGGCCAGCGUACAAAACAACACCGAGAUAAAUGCUACUGUCAGUGCAGCACACUUCAUUAGGGUUGUUGAACCAGUGCAAGGCGCUAGGAUUAUUAACACGGGUCCAAACGAGCUCUUUGCGGGAAACAAUCUAGAGCUACAAUGUAAAGCUGAAGUUGGAAAUCAUUUAUCCUACAAGUGGUUUCUCGAUGGGAGCCUCAUCGCUUCGUCUUCUUUCCAAGAGGUUGUAGACAACUGGUUGAAAAUCCCCAGAGUGUCCUUUGAAAACAGCGGCUCCUACACGUGUGUUGCUGAAAACGCCUACAAUGCCACGCUGGUCUUCUCCUCCAACAGCUCGGAAGUUGUUAUCACAGUGAAAGAACAAGCAUCGUCCACCUUUCCGCCAGACUUGAUGUACGUCUCGUUCACCGUGGUGAAGGAGGAUGAUCACCGUUAUGCAGCCAUCGUCACUUGUCAGACUGCGGGAGGAGAUCUGCCCGUAACCUUUUCUCUCUACAAGGACAACGAGCUGAUCAGCAACGAGAGCUUUCCAGAGAGGCGCGCCGCAUUCAAGGUUCCAGUGGUCCUGGAACAGCAAUCCGGAGAGCUGCGGUGUCAGGCUAACAGCGGGGACCAGACUCGAUCCAGCCACACCAUACCCUUUGAAAUUGCCUCAGUUGCUGGUCCGGUGACGGUCGUCUCUGACUACGACAUGGCGAAGAACUACGCCGUCAUUUUCCUGAGGCUCCACUGCUCGCCAGCAAAGGGAACUCACCCACGCUUCCAGUGGUACCUGAACCAGACGCCUCUCCACGGCCAAGGAAGCUUCUAUCGCGUGGACCAUCAGCCUCCAAAGCUAUCCACGCUGCUGCUGUCAGUGGGAAGCAGCAGCUCAGGGGAGUACCACUGCGAAGUGUGGGACAGCUUCGACAACAGCACAGCCAUAAGCAGCAAAAGCCUCUAUGUGGAUAAAGAAGCGCUAAACCGUCUUCCCACGGCGGUGGUGGCUGUCGUCUUCGGCUGUUUCACUUUCCUGAUCCUCCUGGUGUCGUUUUGUUGUCUGUCAGGAGUCGUGUACAGGUGGAAGCGGCGUCAACAGAAGAGAGAACCGAGUUUUGAAAUGGACCGAGAGCUUGUUGUCCCUGAAGACGAGAUGGACUUCACAGUGUACAGCGAGGACGACGAUGUGCCGAGAGCACCAAGCGACGAACUCUAUCAGGAAUCUGAAGCCUCUGAGGAUGAGUGGCCCCAGAUUGAGCAGGAAAAGAGCACGCUGGAGAAUUAAGCUGAUGCAGAAUCAAACUAAAGACAAAUGUACUAUAAUAAAUUUACUUUCUGUUGAUA